CCACCCUAACCCCACCCUAACAUCUCACUGUCUUGGUUCCUUGCGGCUUCAAUGACCCAGCCUGCACCUCAAAUGAGUACCUCGCAAGCUGAAAAAGGCACUCAGAAUGUCCUGCCAGUACGAACCCAAGGAUCGGGCCUGCGGUACCCGAGCAACAAGAAGACGAUAUACGACCGCAACCGAGACCGCACCAAGAAUGCCGAGUCGAGUCGGGCGGCGUUCGCGUACAUGUUUGUCGAGAUGAUUCGGUAUACACAAAGCAAGGUGAAGGAUAUGGGCGAGCUGGAGUCGAGAUUAAACACCAUGGGCUAUCCAAUAGGCAUAAGACUAUUAGAACUCCUCCUUGCGCGCUCAACAGCAUCCACCUCCCAACCGCCUUCUACGCGGCCUCUUCGCAUCCUGCCCCUGCUCCAAUUCAUAACCAACAACCUCUGGCGACACCUCUUCUCGCGCCCCGCAGACGGUCUCGAGCAGUCCGUCAACAACCAGAACGAGUACAUGAUUAUCGACAACGACCCUCUGGUUUCGCAGUACAUAUCCGUGCCGCGGGAGAGCAAGGACUUCAACCCGAAUGCGUUUGUGGCGGGCAUUAUCGAGGGGGUGUGUGACGCGAGUGGGUUCACAACGUUGGGAGCCAGAGGCAUGGGGGUCAGCGCGCACUGGGCCGCCGAAGAGGAUGAGAGCGGAAAGGGCGGGCGGGUCAUGUGGCCAGACAAGACGAUCUUCUUGAUCAAGUUCGCGCCCGAGGUCCUGGAAAGGGAAGAGGUGCUCGCGAGGAGCGACAAGUAAGGGAGAGCAACGGAUUUCGUCAAGAGCAACGCACACGGCGCGGAGGCGUGUGCUAUACGAGUUCCUACGAUUUGUCUGCUGUACGACCGCCGACGCAGUUCCCAGGGCGACAAAAGCAAGGCAGUGCGUGGACCGAAGGCUUGGCGUCAGAAACGGCUGCAGAGGAGAGUAAUGUGACGACGGGUCCUGCCGUUGUCAAGACGCUGCAGAGACUGGAUCGCUCUCGCUAAAGGCAGAGGGCAUGGAGCUCCAGUCUGCAAAGCUUUGGGGGCUUCCUACAUGAUACAGAGCUAUAGAGAGACCAAGCGUCGAACACGGCAACAUUAAGACGACGCGACACAGAGUGGGUGUAGCAAUAAAGUCACUGAUCAGCACGCUCGUAGGCAAGGCAGAGCGACAAGAAUCAAAUCGUUGGCUUCAUCGUUUCAGCGUCCAGACGUGAUCGCUCUUGCCUUUUGCUCAUCAUCUAC